CCCGCAAGUCUCAGGGCGGUUCAAAACAUAAAAUCACAAUAUAAAAACACAAAAUACAUAAUUUCACCAGCUCAAUUUGUGUGUGUGCCAGGCUGCAGCUAAAAGGCACAGAAGCAGGGACAUUAAAAACAAAAAGGUAACCCUUUCCCCAUAAUCUGUUCUGGCAAAUUUCAUGAUUCCCCUCCCUGUUCCAAACAGCUCAUUUAUUUCUUUAUUACAUUCACAUCACACUUUUGUCUCCAAGGUGUUCAAGGUGGAAUACGUGGUUCUCCCUAUACCCAUUCAAUCCUGACGACAACCCUGUGAGGUAGGUUAAACUGAGAGGCAGUGACCAGCCCAAGGUGACCCAGUGAGCUGUAUGGCUGAGUGGGGAUUUGAACCCUAGUCUUCCAGGUCCUAAUCCACCAUGCAACACUGACUCUCUUAUAGGUUUAGGCUACUCUAGGGUUGCCAUAUUUCCAAAAGUAAAAACCAGGACAUCCUGAAGGUUGUUGAGCUUUUUUUAAGGAAACACCCAAAAAAACCCCAGAAUUUUUCUAUUGACUUGCCUAAGACCCAGGAUAAACCACCACCUUUUGCAAAUCUUCCCCGGACGUCAAUUCUGCCUUUUAAGUCCCGUUAAUGUCCAGGGGAAACCGGAUGUAUGGCAGCCCUAGGCUACUCAAUUGUUUGUUUUAAAAUAAUAAAUAAAAACAACUUUUGUGAGAAAGAGGUCAAAGCACAGCAAAAAUAUUAGUGGUCCUGGCCAGAGAUCAGGAAACUAAUAUGAAUUUUAUAGUGCUUUCUUCUCUCUGUGUGUAUAUGUUUGUGUUUAGGUACUAGCUUAUUUUAAAUAUGCCUACACACACACACACACACACACACACACACACGGAAAGAAAUCUAUUUGUAUCCUUUAAUAUUGGCAAUAUCUGUGGGCCAAUACAAAUAAUUUCCCAACAUUUAUAACUGGCAUUUAUAAAGUCUCAUGAUUUGCGAGGAGUUGAUUUUUUUAAUUCAUUUUUUAGUUCUUCAGAACUGGCACGGCAGCCCUUUAAAUAAAUCCCCUGAGCCAUUGUGGCAAAGGCUUAUGCUAAGAAGAUAAAUGAAAAAGCUGUUUACACCAACACAGGUUUUCUAUUAUGAAGGAAGACACAAAUCAGGUUGGAGUAAUGAGGGUUCUGCUGAAUACUGAAAAAUAAUACAAUAGUAAUCCACGUUCAUAAUAAACUCUUCCAACUGUGACCCCCUCUCCUCACAUUCACAAAACUGUACGUUCAUCUGUGCUACACACAGAUGGAGAGCUGUAAGCAUUUAGAAUAUACUUUUAAAACUGCAGAUCCAGGAAUGUUUGAAGAGUGUUCUGCUUUAAUAUCAGGGAUGGCCCUUUAAGACUGGGAUGUGAUGGACCUGGGUCUCUCUCUUGCAGUCUGCCUCUUCUCUCGCUUUUCCUAUUUGCCUCCAGCAGAGCUCCGCGCUCCUUUUUUCAAAGAUACCCGCUGCCCUGCCCUUCCCAUGUCCUUCGGCAGUGGUGAGCGCAGCAGCCCUGUUCCUGCCUGAACAAGCUGUUCUUAAUGACAGAGAGAGCCAAGGGCAAGGGACACGGCCCCAUUGGGAUGGAGACACAAGCAGAAUGGGAGUGGCGGAAGCUGCCAGAGCAGAGGCUGAUAAAAUGGGCAGAGCCUAGGGAUGGGACCGGGGCCAACUUCUCCAAGCUAGAGCGAAGCAACACGAGCUUACAGCCCAGUGAGCAUUUCUGACUGCACACUGUGGCACUUCUGCCAAGAAGGCCACCUGCAGUUCUCUGCUGUCUCUCUCUCUCUCUCUCUCUCUCUCUCUCUCUCUCUCUCUCUCUGCCCUUCCUGCUGGGACAGCCUUGCUUGUUAUUUGAUCCUGCGGAAGCACCAGGACAUUGGCUCUCACUCUGCAGUGUCCUGUGCUCUGCAGGGAAGAAUGGAGCCACGGCAGGGCGAGAUGCUGAUGAAGGACAACCAGGAAUGGUGCCGAGAGAGAAGGAAAGAGGAGCAGCCCAAGGCAGCAGAUGUGAAUGGCGGAGGACCUCUGCAGGGAGCGUCUCCUUUAAGCCCUGGGGUGGCUCCGGAAAAGGGGAACGGUUGCCAGGAUGAAGGUGAGAGGAGGCUAGGACAAGGGGUCGCCCCAAGCCAAGAGGGCGCAGGUGCCAAGCGACAGCUGCCAAAUGGCUCCAGAAGAGAAGGCCCUUCGGAAGAGGAGAUUUCAGAAGAACAAAGCCUAAGGGUCCCCCAAGGCAAUUCAGGCCUAGGCAAAGGAAACAAGAUGGGCGUAUUAAAAAGAUCAGCCAAGGAGGAACUGGAGCCAACCGGAGGGAGGAAGUCUGAGGAAUCCAUGAUGCGGGAGCUCUCUGAGAUGGUGCAGGAUGUGGUGAAGAGCAGCAGCUGGUGGGAGAGGCAUGGCAUUGAUGGCACAAUCAUCGCUUUGAACCUUCUCUCCCUGCCAGUAGGUAAGGAGAAUGCCUCAGGUGCUCAUUGAACUUGCGGAGUGGGGUGGGAGGAAGGUCGGGGAGUCCUGUGAUUCUUAAUGGGUGCUAUAACACCUUAAAGUUUACCGAUCUUAAGCCCUGUGAUGUGCUUAAAGAAGGGAAAGCAUAGGUUGCCAACUGCUGGGGCAUGGGCAUUGGCCAGUCUUACCUUGCACAGAGACUUCUCUGGGGCAUCUGCCUGGCUGCUGAGAAAUGGGUUGGUUAGAAUGCCCUGGGGCUUGUCUGACCCUCACAGCAUGGAGUACGUUAACGUCCUUGCGCUGCACUCCUAAGCAUGGGGUUGGGGGUGGGACUACUAUUUCAUUUUGCCACUUAUGGCCACAUAGUCCCUGGACUAUGCAACAGAAAAGGAUGGUGGAGCUUUCCCACAUUGAAAAGUGAGUCAGUGCAACACUGUACUGAUGUUAUCAUAAAUCAUCUUGAGAUAUUCCCCAUAGAAACUUAUUUGUGGAGGAGCUCUCCAACCUAGCUCAGUGGGCAUGUUGCAAAUGGUAUCUAGCAAGAACACAGCAAGUCACAGUGAACAUUACUGGAGUGGUUUUGGAAAUCUGUAUUGAUGUUGGCAGGUGCUUUUAUACAGCUAAACUGUUGAAUUUCAGAUCAGUCACUAUUUUGCCGCGCAGCCUGACCCCCGGUGGUUAGUCAUCCUGCAUAAUAAAAUCAGUGCUAUCUAACAGUAAGGUCAGUAAUGGAGUGCCCAGGUGGUAUGAGGUUAUUUACAGGGGAGAGAGACACUCUCUGGGAGUUUAAUUUUUGGGAUGUAUUUGACCAAAUUAUUCCUCAGCCAGCUGAAGAGUCUGGAGGAUGUUCUCCCUCAUAUCUGUCCCAGCUGGCAUGAAAAUUUAUUUAUUAUCCCUCCUUCAACAUGAGAUCCCAUGGUGGGUUACAGCAAAACCAGAUAAAUAUGCCUUAAACCAUUCCAGAAUGGAACAGAACAAUGUAUCUGUGGUUCUUUCACAUUGACUUAGCUGAGUGCAUUUGAAGGUCCAACAAGAACAGUGUUUCCCAAACUUGGGUCCCCAGCUGCUUUUUGACUACAGUUCCCACCAUCCCUGACCACUGGUCCUGCUACUUAGGGAUGAUGGGAGUUGUAGUCCAACAACAGCUGGAGACCUAAGUCUGGGAAACCCUGAACUAGACCAUCUUGAAAGACAUGGAAGUUGUUGCUGCUGAUUCGUUUUCGUUUUUUGGUCUCUUCCCAUUUCCUGUAAUGUUGAGUUAGAACAUGUGGCACAGCAUCAUUGGUGCCGUGCCUUAUCCUGACCCUGCCAAUGACGUGGGGCAGGGCAAAAUAUGGCACAAUGACAUCAUCCACAUGACACUGAGUUGCAAAAGCUCUGCCUCUCAUUUUAAUGCCUAUUUGGGCCUUCAAAAAAGAAAAAAAAAACACAGAAAAACACCACACGGCUAUGGUAAAAAAAGACCCACCCCAAAACAAAUCACUUUUCGGCAGCCCUCAAUUCAAAGUGUCCAGGCUUCAUUAAACUCCAAAAAGCAGACCAGUUUGGGUCAUAUUCACACCAUAUAUUUAAAGGAAAUGUCCUAUUCUAAAGAAUUCUGAGAAGGGAUAGUUACUUCUCGCAGAGCUGUCAUUCCCAGCACUCUUGGGGUUUGUUAAGAGGCGUCAUGUGCUUUAAAUGUACAGUACAGGUGUGAUCCUGUUCUUCACAAGUGUCCUGAUUCUGUCUGACUACCAGAUAGUAUGAUCAACCUCCCUUCUAGCUAUGAGCUGAGCCCAAAUAAUUCUAAGGUCCUUGUUGCUAUCAUGAUAGAGCUGGUUAGGACCCAUGGACCUUCUAGGUCCUUUGAUUACCUCUAGCAGAAGGUUCUAAAUGUGUCCUCUCUCUCCCUAGGGUUCCUGCUUCUGCGUUCUGACAAUCUGUUCCCUUUCCUGUUGGGCAUUGCCAUCUUGGGUGUGGUACAUCAAACCCUCACUGUGAAGGGGAGCCACCUGGCCACCCACAAUGCUCUGGCGGAGUCCAAGUCCUGGGGGAAAAUAUGGGCCGUAUUCUUCCUUGAGGUGCGUUUCACUUUCAGCAGCUCCUGUUCUGUGAGAGAAUGCAAAGAGGUUUGACUCGUAUCAACCCAUUCCCCCCUUUUAUUUUAGAGGAGGAGAGUGGAAAGCACUGUGUGUGUGUGUGUGUGUGUGUGUGUGUGUGUGUGUGUGUGUACGCGCGUCUGUGUGUGUCAGUGUGAGGCUAUUUCUUCAUCUGCAGGUGCCCCCUCCUUUUAUGUUAAAAGCACAUUUUACAUUUACAUAAACUUUACAUUUAAAGCACCCCCAAAGAAAAAGGAUCCUAGGAACUGCAGUUUAUGCUGGGAAUUGCAGCUUCAUGAGGGGUAAACUACAUAUUGCAAUAGUUAUCUAAAGUAAUUGAUGCCUAGGACUUGCCGAUCAGAAGGUCGGCGGUUCGAAUCCCCGCGACGGGGUGAGCUCCCGUUGCUCGGUCCCUGCUCCUGCCAACCUAGCAGUUCGAAAGCAUGUCAAAGUGCAAGUAGAUAAAUAGGUAGCAUUCUGGCAGGAAGGCAAACGGCGUUUCCGUGCGCUGCUCUGGUUCACCAGAAGUGGCUUAGUCAUGCUGGCCACAUGAUCUGGAAGCUGUACACUGGCUCCCUCGGCCAAUAAAGCGAGAUGAGCGCCGCAACCCCAGAGUCGGUCACGACUGGACCUAAUAGUCAGGGGUCCCUUUACCUUUACCUUAUUUCAUCAUCAAAUAAAUGAUUAGGGGGUUACAAACAGCACCAGCAUUUUCCUCCGUGUAAUACAGAUAAUAAACCUAACGGGGGGCCAGUGCCGCUCUAUCUCUAUCUGCACAACCACUUGCUGUAAUACUGGACAGAUCCAGUAAAAGAUCGUCUUUUGUUGCAUUACUGCCAACAUGAAGCAUUACCAUUGCCCUGAAUGUGGACCAUUUGAACUGGCACAUAAAGCCACCAAUGAACAAACUUGAGAGUUCUCUUGUAGAUUAGUGGAGAAUGUGGUCAGGGGGUUCACGUGCCACAUUUUACUGCAUGGAUCUAACCCCAUAUUUGUUUCUCACGCUGUCUUAGCCUCAGGAAAGCAGGAAAUAAUAUUUGUGUAGGGUCAGAUAAAAAUUGAGAAAUCUUGAAAAGCUCCCUUUUUCUUGAAAAGUUGCCCUGAAAAAGGGGUACAUUGAAUAUAGAAAUCUUUCCCUUGAAAGAAGUUCUUUCCAUCAUUAUGUCCAUCGUUUUCCUAUCUUGUGUUGGAAAUGGAGAGUGGCAGGGCGCCAGCAGCACAGACAACUUACAAGGCGUCAGUCUUUUAUAACCUUUAGGCCACAUCAACACUGCACACCUCGCAAAGGGAUUGCUAAAUGCUUUCUCACAAAUCCUGGGUAGCAAGAUUCAAGGAGUGGCUCUCAAAGGUGAGUCUGUGGAGUCUGUGAAACUUCAGCUCCACUCAAGGUGUGGUUGAACCUGGCAAAGCUUUAGAGAAAAAGUUGCCCUAAUUGAAAGAUGUCAAAAUCAGAUUACAAGUGAGGAAAUUCUGAACUGCUUGAUUCAGAUUGAGUAUAAAACAAAUUCACAGCGAACUUUGCCCUUUUAUUUUGCAAAAUGAAUUUAUUCAAAUUGCCUGCAACAAUUUCAGAGUCUUAUAUGAAAUGGAAAUUGGGAUUUUAAAAAACUGGACUUAAAAAAAAAAGAGUCUAGGAGAGGGUCUGGGGUAUGAUCUUUAAUGCAUAUUUGCACACAUGUGUGUAACUCUGCAGGUGAAGAAAGUCACUUAGGCUGCAAUUUUAAGCCUCUGAGACAACAUGCAUAGGGUUGUGUUUUUCAGGAGCAAUCUGGAACAGGAAAGUAAUGAGAAGUGAAAGAAUGAAAUUUCCUUCCCCGGCACCCCUUCUGUGCUCCCAAAUGACAUUCCCCCUCUCCAAGUAGUCCUUUCUCUUCAAAACAGGCUUACAAGCUACGUUUCCAUGUAUUUCUGUGUAAUGUGUAGUUUGACCCUCGGGUGGUACAAACAGAUGAAAUCUUGUGUUAUGGACCCUGUUGUGAAACUACACAUUCUAACAUAGUCCCAUUUGAGUCAGGGAGGCUACACUGAAUUAAGUAAUUUGAGCAUUCACCACCAAACAGCAGUGUUCUAAAACUUAUCGUAUUGGCCCGAAUAUAAGCCGCACCCAAAUAUAAGCCACACCUAUAAAAUUGGAAAUGGGACGCAGGUGGUGCUGUGGGUAAAACCUCAGCGCCUAGGACUUGCUGAUCGCAUGGUCGGCGGUUCGAAUCCCCGCGGCGGGGUGAGCUCCCGUCGUUCGGUCCCAGCUCCUGCCCACCUAGCAGUUCGAAAGCACCCUUAAGUGCAAGUAGAUAAAUAGGUACCGCUUUAUAGCGGGAAGGUAAACGGCGUUUCCGUGUGCUGCUCUGGUGCCGGUUUGCCGGAGGAGCGUCGUCACGCUGGCCACGUGACCCGGAAGUGUCUGCGGACAGUGCUGGCUCCCGGCCUCUAGAGUGAGAUGAGCGCACAACCCUAGAGUCUGUCAAGACUGGCCCGUACGGGCAGGGGUACCUUUACCUUUUACCUAUAAAAUUGGAGGGGGGAACCCUAAAUAUAAGCCGCAGUGGGCGGGCUGUGCACCAUUUUCCCACGCUCCCGGGCUGCUCUCGGGGCGGGGGAGGGGGGAGUCAUGACGCUUUGUUGGCAACCUUCCCCCCUUAUCUCUGGUGGGUCAAGGGAGGCUUGUGAACAGCUGCUCCAAAGCCGCCUUCGAGUGGACGGAUCAAAGUGUGGGCACCAGCAAAGUGGUGCAGCUUGCCCUCCCCAGAGGGGAGCCUGGGGCAAAGGCGCACAGCCCACCCGCUGCUCCAAAGCCUCCCUUGAGCUGCCAGAGAUAAGGGGUACAGGGGGGAAGGCUGCCAGCAAAGCGGUAUGACUCCCCACCUUCGUUCCGACAGCUCGGGGAAGGCUUUGGAGUGGCAGCCGGCCACACUUCCAGGGGGUGGGAGCUGUUCUGUUUUGCUGGCGGUGUAAGGUUCCAAAUAUAAGCCGCACUUUAACUUUUCACGAUCAGAAUUUGGAAAAAAAAGUGUGGCUUAUAUUCGGGCCAAUACGGUACCGCCUAGUAGGUCUUGUUGACCAAUAGUGAGCUUACCAGGCUUGCAACCUUAUGUAAAAUUCUGUAAUACUGUCACUUCUGAGAGCCCUGAAUGCAUAUGUACUACAUACAUGAGCAGGCAGCGCUCCUUUAUUUACCAUUUCUUUCUGUCCCAGGUUUGCUCUGCUUUCACGGCAGAACAGGGGUCCUACAACCAUGUGAAAAUCCACCACGCUUACACAAAUGUCAUCGGCCUGGGAGACUCUAGCACAUGGAAGCUUCCCUUCCUGAACCGCUAUGUUUACAUGUUCAUUGCACCCAUCGCAGUGCCCAUCCUCACCCCAUUGGUAGCCAUUGGUACGUUUCUCUCCUCUGAAUCCUGUUACUUUUCAAAUAUAACAUUUAUCCUAGACAAUUUUAAGUAUCUUCGUGUAGAAGGUGAUUUAAAUCAAUAUAUUUUUGGUCAUUGUAUCUCACAAUGUAGCAUUUAUUCUUUGCCUCAGAGUAAGAAGAUGGGGAAGGACUAAAUAUAUGCUACUCUAGCAGUUCCAAAACUUUUUGGUAUGGCAACCCACCAAUUGAAAUUCACUUGGUGUGGUGUGACUCAUCUUUUUACUGUCGCAUGAGUUUUGGACCUUAGGUCUUUGGCAGCCAUAGGUUUCCUGCAUUUUAACUGCAGGUUUGUGCUUAUUUUAUAACCAGUACAUGAGGCAUCGAAGCAAAAAAGCACUUAAUGCUUCUAUCAAUGUGGAAUUAUUUGUUGAAAUAUUUAUAGUACUUACAAAGCAUUUCGCUGUUUUUGUUUAUGGGAAUCUAACAAUACCAACCAUUGGAUCACAGGAUAUUGCAAUAUUGUUUUAAAAGCGUACAGUUUUACAAGCAGUACUAAAAAUACUCAUAGGUCAAUAUCAUGAGAGAAAUUAUUUGAUACGAAGUCUGUUUUGGCAAGUGCCAAAGUGGAAUGGCUAAGCUUGAAUUUUGCCUACCUGGGGUUUGUAAAUGUGGGGAUUGAUGGCAUAGACUCGGAUCAUUAUUGAUACAUAUCGUAAAAAUAUUAUUUCUUAUUUAGACUAAGCGAAUUUCAGAGCAUCUUUGGCUUCACUGAUCCUGGUAGCAGAUCCGGUGACAGUUUGCCACAAGGUGCUCAUAUAGGGAACAAUUUUGAGUGACUAUUACAGCUUGCCUGUGAUGCACAGGCCCACACCUUGUGGUGAACCAUCACCUUGUGGUGAACUGUCACUGGAUCUGCUGGUCAAAAGUGGUUCCCAAGCGUUAAAAUGUAAGACUCAAGCAUUUCAGGUCCAAGUAUCAACGCAGCAGCCCAGAGUGGCUGGGGAAACCCAGCCAGAUGGGUGGGGGUAUAAUUUAUUUAUUUAUUUAUUUGUGUUACAUCAAGAAAACAAAGUUGUAGGAGGUAUUCAUCAUACCAGUUAAAGAUUAAAAGCAAUAAUUACUUUUGGUUUACUUUAUUUUUUUAUUUUUAUUUUUUAAAUAAUAUUUAUUAAGAUUUGAAAGGUUACAAAAAAGAAAAAUACUUGGUUUACUUUAGAAAGUCCAUGACCCACAGGUUUCUCAACUCAUGUUCCAGGAGUUCAGAUGUAGUAUGCUAGUCUAAUCCACUUCCAUUAGACAAGAACAUCUGUUUAACCAGUCCCACCUACUUAAUUUGAAUCAAGUGUGCUCACAGGCUGAGAAAGAGGCCUGUAGAACAUAGUUCCAGCUAUUUAAAGCAAGCAAACAGGCCAUUCCACACAUUAGAGGGGAGAAACCUGCCUCCGCAGGGUUGCUAAGCCAGUCUCACCUGACCUCAAAUACUCCUGACCUUAAAUAUUAUGAUCAGGCAGGCGGACCUUGAGUGCAGAAUAAAACCAUUCACCACAUCCUACCAAAACUAGUUUUACUGGAGAGUACCUCGAUGCCACUAAACAAAAUCCACACCUUUUCCUAGUUUUCCGUCAAAUAUUUAACAAUAAUCUUGUGUGAAGUGAGGUAUGUUUUAUUUCUCUUUCGAUUAUAGUAUUUCUAAAUUUGCACCUACAUAAGUGAGCAGAAGCUAAUUCUGCUCAGAACUGCAUCUUCCAUUGGCUACUUUUUGGUGAUGUGUUUUUCUGUGGGGAGGGGAGCCUAAGCAAGCCACUGAUCUUACCUGAACUAUUUCCCCACUCUAAAUUCUCUUCCCCCACCAACACACACAGAUGCUGUACCUAUAUUUUCCCCUGCCACCGAGCUCCCAAGAAGGAGGCCAUUCGGGAAAUGUGAUGAGGAAAAAGAGCUGAACACCCCUUCUCCUAACACCACUGCUUGGCUCUAUAGAAAUGCUUCAAAAAUAGAAUGACUGUUGCUGUAAUAUUAUCAAGGAGAAGGAUGAGGAAUGGAGCCUUGCUGCAAAUUGCCCCACAUGAGGCAGAGCUUCAGGUUGCUUCUCAGAAAUGUGCCUUCCCACCUAUGGUGUAACAGCUUAGGGAAAGAGCCCUGAGAGCUGCUACAUUCACAGAUUCUUGAUUCCACAGGCUUGCUCAAAGAAGUUGAAUUGAAGACUGCCAUCCGGACGCUCUGUUGCAUGUUUGUUGGCCUGUACUCCCAUUACUGGCUGCUGAUCAACAUCUCAGGUUUCCAGUCCAUGUGGUCCGCUCUCAGUUGCAUGCUGGUCACACGAGCUCUCCUUUCUCACCCUUACAUCCAUGUUAAUAUCUUCCAGGUAAAUGCUACCAACUCUGUAUCAAGGGCUCUCUUGCUGUUUAACUAAUUGAUGGUCUCGCGGCAAUAGGCCAUGUGACUCGAAACAUCCAACAUAUUUGGCAAAUGCUUUAUUCUUUCCCACUGUUGACAUGUUUAGGCUGCAAUCCCACACACACACACACACACACACACACACACAUAUGAACUCCCACUGAACUCCGCAAAACCAGCUUCUGAAUGGGGAUGCACAGGACUGAGCUGUAAGUAGAUUAAAAGAUGGGAUUCUGCAAAACCUGCAAAGGAAAUGGAACAAUGAAACAUUGGUUGCAUAUUUAACUACACAAACACACAUAUAGAGAUGCCUCUCUAAAAGUAUGCAUUUUGGUUGCAAUCCUGUUCACUCAAUUAAGAAUAAGUCCUACUCAAAUAUAAUAAGUGUAAUGUAGUUUAUAAACAAACUCACUUCUAAGUACACAUGAUGCAAUAUUGCAAGUAAACAUGGAAUUAGGCUGUAUAAAUAAACUAACUUCUAAGUACACAUGAUGCAAUAUUGCAAGUAAACAUGGAAUUAGGCUGCAUCAGAUAUUUGACAGCAUCCAUACUUGAUGUGAUCUUUUGUAUAUAGAUGGAUGAAUCUGUCCAUUUAGGUUUCUUGCAGUUUCUCUUUUCCCCCAUCUUAAGUUCAGUUCCCUACAUUCCUACAUUACUAUUUACUUUGUUGAAAAGAAGCCCUCACAAAAAAUAGAAUGUUAGCAUGCAUUUCUCCUAAUAUACAGGUUGUUGAAUGAAAUCUUGCUUGAUGUACGUGUUUUUGCAAGAUUUCCCCUCUAUAUGUUAAUAAUAAUUUUUUGCUAUUAAUCUCACUAAUAUAUGCAUUUUUAUGCCACAUUUCCCCUGAAAAGUGAAUUAUUUAUAUUUUUUGUGAUGCUAUAAACUAUACAGUAUUGCAGAAUUUAGAGAAGUGCAAAUUUGGAAAUCUUGCUUGCAUUUCAGUUUGCACAUUGUUUCAGAACAUACAAAUUCUAGGUUUAUGUGAACUAAAUCAAAUUGAUUCCCCAUCCCUGCCUUUAUGCAGGUUGCGAAUUACUUAAUGCAGAAUUCUGGGUCUGUUCCAUUUCUGAGUGAGUUAAUGUUUCUCCACCAUAGAGUGGGGCUCACUGCGAUGUAUCUGGAAACAUGAUUUAUUGCUAUUAUUCAGAUGCUUCCUUCUGUAGCUAAGCUUCCUCUCGAGCUCUUAGGAAGGAUCAGCAGCAGCUAGCUCUUUCUGGUUUUGUCUCGUAGCAUAUUGGCCUGCCAAUGUUCGCAGCUGACAAAAAGCCCAAACGGAUUCACAUGAUGAGCUGCGGCGUUCUGAACCUGCCUCGGAAUCCCCUGCUGGACUGGUCCUUUGGGCACUCGAUCAUCAGCUGCCACGUGGAGCAUCAUCUCUUCCCAGCACUUUCUGAUAACAUGUGCCUAAAGGUGCGAAGUUGGGUGGCGGAUGGACGUGCUGGGUCUUUAGAAGGCAGGAGUGUCUAUUGAAUGUGGAAUGAGUAAGGAGAAGGGGACAUGUCUGGUGGUUUUAAGAAGGAAGUGAAUUCAUGGGAGGUCAAGGUCACAACAUCUCUGGGAAAUUGCAUUUAUUCUAUCCAUUAUAGGUUUCCUUACCCACUCCUCACCAUAAGGAGGUUACAACAAUGCAGCCAUCUAAUUUUAAAAUCAGAUAAAAAUAAUUUUUAUAAGCAACUAGCUAAUACAAUUUAAAUAAGAAACCCAUGCAGUUUAAAUCGGAAGGCAGAGACAGGUAUAUUUUUACAUUCUCGGCUAUCAAAGACCAGGGUAAAGAGGAGUGUCUUCUGCAUCCAAUGGAAGCUGUACAGUGAAGAUGCUGGACAAACCUUGGUGCCAUGGGAAUCCCACAAUUUAGGGGCUGUCACAAGGAAUGCUGGCUUCCAGGCCACCACCUCACAUUAGUUUUGAGGGCAGCAGAAAUACUAAGCACCCGCCUUCCCACCAGUCUUAACAGUUGAGAGGGGUUGUAGGGAAAGAUGUGGUUGUUCAGAUACUUGGGGCCUGAGCCUUUAACUCAGGUCAACAGCAAAGAGUUUUGCUGGAGCUGGGGCUGCUUUGUAAUGGAAGUGGAGGACACCCCCCCCCAGCCACUUGCCAAAUAUCUGUGGCAUGAGGACUGUUCCAGACACUCCAAGUGUCCCUGUUUUCCAGGGACAGUCCAGGAUUUUCAGAAGCUGUCCCAGUUUCUGAUUUGAUGCUGAAAUUUCCCACUUUUCCUUAGAGUGUUCCUAUUUUCAUCAGAGAAAUAUUGGAGGGUAUGUUUUUAUGCGACCCCCAAUCCAUCCAAAGGCAGCUCUGUAUAGGGAAGUUUUUUUAUGUUUUAUGAUGUUUUUAUAUAUGUUGGAAGCUACCUAGAGUGGCUGGGGCAACCCAGUCAGAUGGGCUAGAUGUAAACAAAAUAAUAAUAAUAGUAAUAGUAAUAGUAAUAAUUAAUAAAGGUAAAGGGACCCCUGACCAUUAGGUCCAGUCAUGAGGGAGCCGGCGUACAGCUUCCGGGUCAUGUGGCCAGCAUGACUAAGGUGCUUCUGGCAAACCAGAGCAGCGCACGGAAACGCCGUUUACCUUCCUGCCAGAGCGGUACCUAUUUAUCUACCUGCACUUUGACGUGCUUUCGAACUGCUAGGUUGGCAGGAGUAGGGACGGAGCAAUGGGAGCUCACCCAGUCACGGAGAUUCGAACCGCCGACCUUCUGAUCGGCAAGUCCUAGGCUCAGUGGUUUAACCCACAGCGCCACCCGCGUCCCUCAAUUUAUUGAAUAAGAUGUCCCUAUUUUCAUCGGAGAAAUGUUGAAGGGCAUGCUGUUUAACCACACCCCUCUUUUGCUUCUGCAGCUGGCAAAUGAGGGCCCAAGAGAGAUUUAGUCUAGGGGCUAUCCUAACUGCUGGAAAUAUUAGUAAUCACUAGUAAUGCUAAUUAAUGCUGCCUUUCCCUUUUAGAUCAAGCCAAUUGUUUCCCGGUACUUUAAAGAGAAGAAGUUGACAUACAAUGAGGAUUCUUAUUGGUCCCGCCUGAAGUUGUUCCUGGCCAAAUAUGAAGAACUGAUGGUCCACGCGCCACCUAUUUCUGAACUUGUUGGGAUUCAGUGACAACUCUUCUAGGACACACAGCUAUUAUAAACCUAAGGCAAGACUGCUCUUUCCCAGAAUCAAGAAAUUUAGAAUUCAGAUUAGGAACUGGAUCAAGCUAUCAAGGGGAACACCAGCAUGUCUUUAAUAUCUUCCAUAUGGACAAGUAGAUGACCUUUUGGAUAAGAAACUGCAUCUGCUCAGUGAUGAGUCAAAGGGGAGAUCAAUUGCUCCUAUACAAGAGAUAUUUUUAAUACUUUGACUCCCCUCCCCGCUCUCUUUUAAUUUUUCACACCGACAACUUUGAUGCAUCCAUCCCAUGAAUUAUAGAGUAGGGAUGGUGAACCUGCAGACCCUCCAGUCAAGACAUUGCUAUAUUAGAGUUUCCAUCAUCCCUGACCAUGUUUGCUGGGGCUGAUGAGAGUUAUGUUUCAGCAACAAAUGGAAAGCCACAGGUUUGCCACUCCUGCUGUAAGGGCUGAUUCAUGCGUUAUUUCCCCCGCUGCCCCUUAAACAGAUGUAACGUUCAUGUCAGGAAACACUUGCACACAGCAAGAUGGUUGAGUGGUAUUCCCCCGCACAACUUUGGUGUAUGGCUCAGAUCAGACUGAUGCUGAUUUAUGAAUCCACAAUGGAGGAAAUUUCAUACUGCUUUCCAUACAUUACAACAGACAUGAAAUGUGUGGAGGUUCUGUCUGCAAGGGGGAAAGUAAUACAUGAAAGAUCAAGUUGACUCCUGUCUCAGUGCAGACAGGAUAACUCAGGGACUUUGUUAAACUUAGCUAAAUCACUUUGUUAAGUCAAGCCUCCAAUCUAGGACAAUUGAAAAGGUGAUACUUCUCCAUGGAAUGAUUGAUGGGCCUUGAAGGCAAAUUUCCAGAACUGGCAAAAUGGAAGUUACCUCCAAAUGAUGACAGCCCAAUAAGCCGGGGCAACACAACCACCUUGGGUGGUAGACUUCUUAACAAGAAUCAUGUUGGGGGGAAGCCUAUAUUAAAGACUGCUGCUGUGGAAAUUAUUAUGCAAUGCGGGGGGGAGGUAGGAAGAAAAUGAAUUCUUAUAUUACCUCCCCCUCCCCCUAAAAUUUCCUGUGAUGGAGAACUUGCGUUCUUGAGAUAAAACUGGUAAUGCAAUUUUACAUCUGUGCCUUGCCUAAUUUAUUUUCUUUUGAAAGAAUGUGGAGCAUCACCAGGGGUGUAGGAAGGAGGGGGCAGGUCACCCCGGGUGCCACUCUGGGAGGGGUGACAAGAUGGCCCCUGCCUCCCCCCAGCUGUAGAGCGGCCGAGGGCGCAUGCAGUCCGUAUGGGCGCUGCUCAUGCGGCGUCCAUCCAGGCUGCUGCUCACACAUGCUGUCCAUACGGGAUGCUGUUACACAUGAGUGGCAUCCCAUAUGGACUGUGCAAACGUGGGAUGCCGCACAUGCGCAGUCCGUAUGGGCUGUGCUGCCCCAGGUGCCGGAGAGAGUUCCUCCACCACUGAGCAUCACCAGCAAGGUCGCAGGUAGCAGAGGCAGGAAGGGAAGAUGACUGGGUGGGUGGAACAUGGUAUGAGCUAUUGCAGAGACCCAGAUGUAGUCAGGAUAUUGAAAUCGCUGAUGCUGCUCCAACAUUCCAAAUUUAGUAUUACUGAACUUUAAAGUGACAUUUUUUCAAUAAGACAGCCAAUUAGGCUCUGUUACAUAUCCAUGAUUUGAUGGAUUUCAUUGAUUAUUAUUAUUUUACAAAAAAACCUGUCAUCCCGAAUCUGGCUGCAAGUGUUGAGCAUUGUGUAAUCAAUGUGCCAUUUGUUAUCACUUGGUUCAUGAAGCAUCCAGUACGUGGCAAGGUAUUUUUGAUAGGGAGAAAAAGUGUGGAGAUAUUUGGGGGCAGAAAAUCAGGAUGAGAUGUGAAUGUGAGUACGGUGGUACCUCGGGUUAAGUACUUAAUUCGUUCCGGAGGUCUGUUCUUAACCUGAAACUGUUCUUAACCUGAAGCACCACUUUAGCUAAUGGGGCCUCCCAUUAGCCGCCCCGCCACCGGAGCACCAUUUCUGUUCUCAUCCUGAAGCAAAGUUCUUAACCUGAGGUACUAUUUCUGGGUUAGCGGAGUCUGUAACCUGAAGCGUAUGUAACCUGAAGUGUAUGUAACCCGAGGUACCACUGUAUUCUGUAGUACUCAACACACAUUCCCACUUAAACAGGGGUGCCAACUUGAAUAACAUAUUGGGGGGGGGCAGGAAAGGCCUGCCCUGCAUAAUUGAUCAAAUGACAUAGUGCACGUGCAUCAUUUGGAUGUCAAUUGCCCAUCAACUCUCAAAUAUUUUAUUGGGGGUGUGUGCAAAGACCCCCAGCCCCUAGAGUUGGCUCCUAUGCACUUCAAUUUGUAACAAAGCCAUCACAGAAAAGACAAAGCCGCCCCUCUUCAGAAUAAUUUCCCCCUGCCUUAACUAUAGUUGAAUAUUACAUGAAUAUCAUCACAAACCAUGUUCUUCUGAAAACUGUGGUUUGAAAUCAUGCUUUAUUAGGGGAAGCUGGCUUGCAUCAACCUUGGGUUGGAUUGGUGAACAUGUUCUGUGAAAUUAUAGUUAAUGGCAGGAAGUCAAAGGAAGAGAAGAAGAAGAUCACUUUGAAGCAAAUAGGAGCCUGAUACCUGCUCUUACUCUCUUAGGCAAGAGAUCAGCAACACAGGACUACAUGGAAUUGGCGGAAAUAACUGGCAGAAUCCGAGACCAGGGAGAAGAGUCGGUGGAAGAAGAUUGGAAGAAAUUUAAAGACUACUUACAGAAAUAUUGUAAAAUUAAUGAAUGUUAGAAUGAUGUCGGAUUGAAGUUAAGUGGUUUCUAGCUGUAAUGGUAUAAAAGAAUAUGGAAAAAAUGGUUUUUAAUACGUAAAAAUUUAAUGUUAUAAUAUAUCAAGAUUAAAGAUCAGGAUUAAAAAGUAGGGAAAGGAAUUGCUGGACUAACAAACUGAAUUGGAAUACAAAAGAGGGUGGUAUGAGGAGGUCCGGGAAAUAAGUAAAUGUAAGAGAAGUGAUGAAAAAAUGGAAUUGUUUUUAACUGUUUUUUCUUUUUUUGUAUUUUGUAUUUUGUAUUUUCCCUUUUUAUUGUUAAUUUUUCCUUUUUAUUGUUAAUUUUCUUAUUAAUGUAAUCUCUUUCUUUUCUUUGAAAUUUUAAUAAAUAUCAUUUUUUUUAAAAAAAGAGAUCAGCAACACAGUAGCUGUGCCGGACCAAGAUAACAAUUUC